ACUAUCACCUUUACUGGUAUUGGCUGAUUCUUCCUGUAGAAAUGUCGAGAGUCAACCCGGACAUGGAAAUCAAGGAUUAUAUGCCAUGAAUAUGGAAUAUAAACACCUAAGGUUCAACAACUCUCUUGACUUAACAUUUAUACAUAAGCCACCAAAGAUAUUAUUAGAUACGGUACCAACAGAAAAUGAGAUCCAUUUGUUUAACAAUUAUAUUAGCAUCUAUAGCAUCGUCAUUGCGGUGUCCUUCUGAGUGGAGGAUCUACCAGUCUAACUGCUACAGAUAUUAUCCUCAGACAAAGGCGUUUUGGCCCAGUUCCGACUUUUGUCGAAAGCAGGUUUUUUACUCUGCUCAUAGCACCAAGCCAACGAACAGUGAACUGGUAUCUAUACAUAGCCCAGACGAAAAUGCAUUUGUAUUCUCAAUCGUGCCGCCUAGCAUCACCGUUCAGCUUGGGCUAUACAAUAAUGUGAUUAAGGGGAAACGAACAUGGCAUUGGACUGAUGGGUCACCGUUUGAAUACAGCAAUUGGGCUCCCGGGCAACCAGACAGGUCUAUACAACAUUAUGGCACAAUGUGGAAUUCUAAAUUUCCAUCGAAAUGGGAUGAUGCUGGAUGGCCGAGUUUGAGUUUUGUCUGCAAAGUGCCUGCUGAUGAUUGUCUUAAGUCACCCUUUGAAAGUAGGAUAUAUAACAGUACCGAUUGCAAAAAUGGCGGAAAAUUCAGCGACGACGGAGUAUGCAUUUGUCCAUCACCGUAUUCUUGCAUAGACUGCUCGUGGUAUAAUGGCUGCAUGAGUAAUCCAUGUCAGAAUGGUGGGCAAUGUAUCAAUAAUGAUCAGAGCUAUUCUUGUGAAUGUGAGGAUGGUUUCACAGGAACUCGCUGUGAAAUAUAUAAAGGCUGUUUAGCGUUUCCUUGUAUGAAUCGUGGAAAUUGCUCGAAGGAUCCCGAGAAGGCAAUCUUUGUUUGCACAUGUCCUGAAGAUUAUUCUGGAGUCACAUGUCAGACGUAUAUCGGCCAUUGUAAAGAAGACCCGUGUGAAAAUGGAGGCACUUGUCAUUCGAUCUCAGUCGCACCAUUCUACGUAUGUCAGUGUAAAUCUCCGUACAUAGGUUUGACGUGUAGUGCCACUAGCAACGGUUGCCUCAGUAACCCCUGUCUGAACGGUGGUACUUGUGUCACCAAUGAGGAAAAGAACGGAACUAGUUGCUUGUGUUCGUCCGAUUACUCCGGAAGUACUUGCGGUCUACAAAAACUAACGUCAAAAACUGACAAUCAAACUAGCCAAUCAAAUACCAACCUUAUCGUCGGCUUCAUUGUCGUGACUGUCUCACUGACUGCUAUCAUUUUAUUAUUGGUCGGCUAUAUUUUUCGAAACAAACAUCAUAAAGGCGCAGACGCCAACUCAUUUAUAGGGCUGCAACAUGAUUUGGAAUAAAAGAAGACAAAAAGACCCAACAUUUAAGAAAGGAACCGUGUAUGUAUAGGCCCACCGACGUCGCAGUCAGCUUAUCUCACUCAUCUAAACAGUGGCAUGGUUUAGCUACUUACAAGAUGGAUUUAAUACUCUAAAACUCUAAAAUUCAUCAUUAUGCUUCAGAAUUGGAGUUAAUUUCAGUGACUGGUUAGUUCUUUCAGGCUUAAACCAAGGACUAUGGACUUGGAGGCAGCACCAUACACAUACAUAUUUCCACUCAACAAUCAUUAAAGUGAUUUGGAAAUAGUAUUAUGCAAAAUCAGUUUGCUUAUCUUGUAUUUUUACAAUGUACUAGUUAUUAUUAGAAUUAUCAUAGUGGGAUAAUUUGUUUUAUUGAACUAAAUUGAAUUGAAUCAUAUGUAUUUAAUCGAUUGCUCUUCUAAGCUAUAAUUUUCGUAUAACAAGAAACUGAAUACUAUAACAACCUA